UUGGGGUUUGGUCUAGAGGAUCCAGGGGAGAGGGACGAAAGGAGUCUGAAACCCUGUAAAGGAAAAAAGGAGAAGAAGAACGGGUUUGGUUGGAGUGCGAGGCAGAAGAAGGAUUCACCAGGGAGAGAAAGAGAGUUUAGGAGUAUAACACUGCAGGUCUUUUAUGUGAAACAUCAUCGAUAAGAUCAUAAUGUCUGUUACAACCAAAAAGAAACAUGUAGAACGUGAGUUGUAUGAGGACUUCUCAUUGCCGGAAGAACAUCAGUCCAUUGUGAGGGUUGUAAGACCACGAGGCAAUAAUUUACACCAGGUGACCACGCCAGGUGGGGAGGAGUUCCUAGCCUCCAUGCCGCACAAGUUCCGCAAGCACGUGUGGAUCAAGCGAGGUGACUAUGUGGUGACAGAGUCCAUCCCGGAGGGCAACAAAGUACGAGCUGAAAUUGUCCGCAUUUUGAUGAAGGACCACAUCCGGUACAUAGUGCAAAACAACAAGUGGCCAGCAGGCUUUUCAGAGCAUGAAAAUGAGAAGGAUGAGAAGGAGCCAAGCAAAGAACUAGAGAGAAUAAAGUUGAAAGAUGAUGUCGAGAGUGAUGAGGAAAGUGGAGAUGAUGAGAGUGAUGAUCUUUUAAUGGAAAAUCCAAACAGACCUGUGAUAUAUGUUGAGGAAACAGAUUCUAGUGAGGAUGAGAGUGAAGAAGAUGAGACUAGUGGAAGUGAAGAAGAAAAUAAUUAGUGUUCAUCUUCAAGCACUUUGUGGCAAACAUUAGAAAUGAAUAGACACUUUCUUCUUCUCAAAACUUAAGUGUAUGGUUAUAAUAGGCCCAAGUUUCUUUAAUUUGGUAUGGCAGCAAUCUUUGAACAUUUUCUUGUUUUUUAGUUCUGGAAACUUUUAUGUAAGAUAUUAUUUCUGUCAACCUAUUCUUCUAUCCAGUACAUGUCUAUGGGCCUUAAGGAUUUACUUAUAUGUAGUGCUUAGUCAGUUAAUCCACAUGGGAGAACUGUCUUUUGUAAUCUGAAUACAAAAGAACACAGUGAUU